AUCUAAGGUCACAACAAACGCCUCAUCUCGUAUUGGUAAAAAGAAAAUUAAGGAAAUGCAGCAGCAGCAGUUGCGCUAAUUGUUGAUGCCCACCUGCGUUAGCAAGGACCUUAGGACGCGAAACAGCCAUGGCAACGGAACAACCGCACCCGCACCCGCAGUUGGAUCUGGGUUCGGGUCAGGAGUCGGAAAGUCAGCCGGCGGGGAGCAAAUUUUUGACCCUGCACACCAUGGACGCGGAGCGCGUCUGUCGCGUUUGCCUGAAGGAUGCAUCGCUGGGCGGGGAGCUGCACUUCAUCUUCGAGGAGGCGCCCGUCGAGGAGGGCGCCAAUCUGGCCCGCAUCCUAGACGAGUGCACGCUGCACCAGUGCCAGCGGCACGACGGGAUGCCCCCGCACAUGUGUGGCUCUUGCGUGGAGGCGGCACGCCACGCCUAUCGCUUUAAGCGGCACGCAGAGCGUUCAUACUGCUCGUUGGUAGCCCUGCUGGGCCGGUCGCCCCAGCUGAAGGCCCGCGGUGCCGAGGCGGGCAGUCAGACGGAUCAGGUGGCGCUGCUGCCCUGCGAGAUGUGCCACGACCAGUUCCUUAACAGCCUGGAGCUGCGCCUUCACCGCAACCAGGUUCACAGGACGACCAAGGAGGGCGCUGCCACUGGCACAAGCACGGAGGCCAAUCAGGUCGAGGAAUUCAAGUGCAAGUUUUGCCCCCAGCAUUUUCCGCAUCUCCGACAGCUGCGCAGCCAUUUGGCGCGGAGCCACGAGCAAACCGCUCGACUUCAGUGUGCCCAUUGCCAGCGCACCUUUAGCCGCCGGGAUCAUUUGCUGCGCCACAUGCGAAACCAACACCGGGGCCUAGAGGAGGACCUCCUGCGCACCUGGCCUGCGGCGGAUGAAAACACCAUGCAGAGCGACGGCGGGGAUGAGCUGGUCUCCGCCGAGGUGCUGCUCAACGAGGAGUGCAAUACGAAUCCCAUCUCCAGCAACGAGGAAGAGGACGAAGACGCCAACGGGGCCAAUCAAACGCUGUGGCUGCACAUCAAGCCAGAGCCCUGUCUUGAGGCGGAGGAAGUUGAUCUGGCCAUGCAGCUGAAGCUCGACAAAAAGCGUCGGCGGAGGGAGAAGGCGGAACCUCAAGCCGAGAGCUCCAUUGAUGGGACUGUGAAAAAUGAGCCCAUUGCCAUCAGCAUUAAGGAGGAGAGCCACCUUGUGGGCAGCGAGGACGAGGCACCAAUGGGAGUGGAAGAUUUCAUGAAGCUACAUGUCAGCGGAGAACUGCCCCUCAGCGAUGAUGACGAUCAUUUUGAGGAGUUCAUCGACGAAGACAGUGACCUGGAUGAGGAUGAGGAGGACGACGAGGACGGAGGUGAAGACGACGAUGGGGAAUUCCGGCUUAAGGAGGAGCCGCUGGACGGCGAGAAACAGCCGAAGAGGUCCAAGUCAGGCAGGCGUCGGCGACGAAACAAGCAGAGCGAGCCUAAUCCUGAAAACCGUUGUGAAGUGUGCCAGCGCACCUUCUCGCGUCAUUGCCACCUGCUGCGCCACAAGCUGUCGCACCUGGAGAAGAAGCCCCACAACUGCCCACACUGCCCCAAGGCUUUCGCGCGCAGCGACCACCUCAAGGCGCAUGUGCAGAGCCUGCACAGCAACAAGGAGCACAAGUGCGGACUUUGCGAGGCCGCCUUUUCGCGGCUGGACUCCUUGGAGCGUCACAAGGUCAGCAAGCAUAAUGGCGAGGGUCUAGAACCGGGCAGCGAGCUUAAGCUGCAGCUGGCGGAGCAUACCUGCGAGUACUGCUCCAAGCGCUUCUCCAGCAAGACCUACCUGCGCAAGCACACCCUGCUGCACACCGACUUCCUGUACGCCUGCAAGACCUGCGAGGAGACAUUCCGCGAGCGAGCGCAGCUUAGGGAGCACGAAAAGACCCACACCGGACAGCGAAACUUCCUCUGCUGCAUCUGCGGCGACAGCUUUGCCCGCAACGACUACCUGCGCGUGCACAUGCGACGCCACAACGGCGAGAAGCCCUACAAGUGCCGCUACUGUGUUAAGGCCUUCCCCCGCGCCACCGAUCUCAAGGUCCACGAGCGGUACCACACGGGAACCAAGCCGAACCUGUGCAAUACCUGCGGCAAGAGCUUCCACCGGGCUUACAACCUGACCAUUCACAUGCGCACGCACACCGGCGAACGGCCGUACAAGUGCGACCAGUGCCCCAAGAGCUUCACCCAGAGCAACGACCUCAAGGCGCACAUCCGGCGGCAUACGGGCGAGCGGUACAAGUGUCCUCACUGCGACGCCUACUUCCUGCAGCUGUACAACAUGCGGAACCACUGUUUGAGCGCCCACAACAAGCACAUCGAGACGAAGACGGGGCGUCUUCAGCGGACGGGCCUGCUGGACGAUGGCGGCCAGUCGCAUCUGACCACCGUGGUCAUGCCGCCGGCGCGAUACCAGCCUGGAGUGGAUCCCCUGAUGGCGGCGGCGGCUGCUGUUGGGGCUGAAAGCUCAUCAUCGACCACCGUCAUCCAUUCACCAGGGACGUACAAUGCCACAUCCUCCGGACUGGCUCCGGAGUCGGCGUCCGCCGCUCCAGCCAGCACUCUGGAUGGAGCCAGUUUUGCACCAACGGCGGUGAAUGCGGCGGCUCCUUUUGGCGCCUUCAACUUUCCCCCGGCUGUUAUGGCGCAUCUCAUGUACAACCAUGGAGGAAGCAGUCAGCACAGCCAGAGCGGCAGCGACACGGGCAAAUAGCCAUCGCCUUGGUCGAAUUCUAUGCUGCACUGCGUGCUCCUGCUCCUGAGGACACUGCACCUCAUCCCGAACACACAACUAUUCCAGUGUAGUCUUAAGCUUCCCUGUGUACAUAGCCGGCGGAAUGGAGAGGAGGAGUCACCGCCACCGACUCCAGUCUGGCCAAUCGAAGGGUACAUCACAAGCGCGGGCAUCACCCAUGCCGGCCGUUUUAAUGUGUUAAUAUGUAUUUAAUAGUCGAAUAAGAACUGCUUACAUCUUAAUGCGCAAUGUAGGCGGUUGGAACGUUUUUAUAAAGCUUACAUCAGUGCGCAUGUAUAUUAAAGUAAAAAUCGCUCCCAUCCCCUUUAACAUGAUUAGUUGAUGAGUAAAUAAAUCCUGAAAGCAUAGUGAAAGUA